CGGAAUUCAGAAGGCGGAAGUACGGUGGCCUGCAACGUUGUGCAUUAGCGUAUACAUGCUGGCCGGUGCGAAGACAGCUUGCUGGCACGAUUAACGGAGCCGACACAAUUGGGGCAGGGAAAAUAAAAACAUUUUAGCAUAGUAUUUUUAUUGCAGAAGAACACAGUGAGGCGGUUAGCUGAAUUACAGAGCAAACAUGGCUGAAAUAAUAACCAAAAAUGCAGAGGAGCUUUCAAUCGGGGAGUUGUAUGUCUCUGAUAAAGAGGGCAACGAUGAAGACGCAGAUGGGACAAAAGCAAAGCCUUUUAAAACCCCCUUAAAGGCGUUGAUGUUUGUUGGAAGGGAACCAUUUCCAACCAUCUACGUGGACUCCCAGGUGGAGGGCGAGCGUUGGGCAGUGAUCUCAAAGACUCAAAUGAAGAAUGUUCGGAAACUGUGGAACAGAGAACAGAUGAAAAAUGACGCCAAAAUCAAGAAAGAGGCUGAAGAUGCUGAAAGAAGAGAAAAAAACCUGGAAGAAGCGAGGAAGAUCAUCAUUGAGAAUGAUCCCAGUCUUCCAGAGCCCGUAAUGGCCAAAAUUUAUCAGCUAGAGCCCUACCGUGAGCAAAGGGUGAAGGUAUUUGGUUGGGUCCACAGGUUGCGCAGACAAGGAAAGAAUUUGAUGUUCAUAGUCCUUAGAGAUGGGACUGGCUUCCUUCAGUGUGUCCUCUCUGACCAGCUGUGUCAGUGCUACAAUGCCCUUGUCCUAGCUACUGAAAGCACUGUAGGUCUGUAUGGAACUCUGAAGCCUGUGCCCGAAGGAAAGCAGGCUCCUGGGGGUCACGAGCUGCACUGUGACUACUGGGAACUGGUGGGUCUGGCGCCAGCAGGUGGCGCCGACAACCUGCUGAACGAGGAGUCAGACGUGGAUGUGCAGCUGAACAACCGGCACAUGAUGAUUCGUGGGGAGAAUGUUUCCAAGAUCCUGAGAGUGCGCUCCAUCGUCACCCAGUGCUUCAGGGACCACUUCUUCAGCCGCGGAUACUAUGAGAUCACUCCACCCACGUUGGUGCAGACUCAGGUUGAGGGGGGCUCCACCCUGUUCAACCUCAACUACUUUGGGGAGCAGGCAUACCUCACGCAGUCAUCCCAGCUCUACCUGGAGACCUGCAUUCCAGCCCUGGGCGACACCUUCUGCAUUGCCCAGUCCUACCGAGCCGAGCAGUCCCGCACCCGCAGACACCUGUCCGAGUAUACUCACAUUGAGGCGGAGUGCCCCUUCAUGACGUACGAGGACCUACUGAGCCGGCUGGAAGACCUGGUCUGUGAUGUGGUGGACAGAGUCCUAAAGUCACCGGCCGCCCCCCUGCUCUACGACCUCAACCCUGACUUCAAGCCCCCUAAAAGGCCCUUCAAGAGGAUGAACUACACGGAUGCCAUUGAGUGGCUGAAAGAUCAUGACAUCAAGAAGGAUGAUGGCACCUACUAUGAGUUUGGAGAGGAUAUCCCAGAGGCGCCAGAGAGGCUGAUGACUGACACCAUUAACGAGACCAUCCUGCUCUGCCGUUUCCCUGCCGAGAUCAAAUCCUUCUACAUGCAGCGCUGCCCAGAGGACCGCCGCCUUACCGAAUCGGUGGAUGUACUGAUGCCCAACGUUGGUGAGAUUGUCGGGGGAUCAAUGCGUAUCUGGGAUGCUGAUGAAUUGCUGGAAGGAUACAAGAGGGAAGGCAUUGAUCCAACUCCAUACUACUGGUAUACAGAUCAGCGGAAGUAUGGGACGUGCCCACACGGGGGGUACGGCCUGGGCCUGGAACGCUUUCUGACCUGGCUCCUGAACAGGCACCACAUCCGGGACGUGUGCCUGUACCCCCGCUUCAUCCAGCGCUGCCGCCCCUGAGCCCCCAGACUCGCCACGCAUCUCUGAUAAAAUCGUAUGCUCCUAGCUCAACAAAUGCACUUGCUAGAUUGUCACACAGGACACCUGGUGUGAAAAAUGUAAUCGUAACCAAUGUUACAAUUCCAAAUCUGUGUCUGUUCUGUAAAACAUUCUGCUAAUAAAUCCACAGCACUAUAU